AUGGACCACUCCUCCAAAUCAGCACUCUUUGAAGUGUACUUACGACUUCGACCAGCAGGACCAAUAAAUAAUGCCUCAUUUAGUCUUACGGUACCCGACAGAUUCUUGACAGUUGAAGAACCACCGACUGAAGAUGCGCCACCUACACAUAUCACACUCAAUCCUCCUAAUGACAACCGCAGACGCGCGGUGGAAAAAUUCGCGUUUACAAAAGUGUUUGAGGAGGAGGCUUCGCAACUUGAUCUCUUUGGCGGGACUGGCGUACUGCCACUUGUUGAAGGAGUUCUUGGACCACAGGGUGGUGAUGGCCGGGAUGGAUUGUUGGCUACGCUUGGUGUUACGGGGUCUGGGAAGACACAUACAAUCAUGGGCUCCAAAUCCCAACGUGGCCUUACACAACUUGCCCUCGAUGUCCUCUACCGAUCAAUCUCAAACAAUAUCCUCGACCCAAACACCACCACCUCCCUUCACGCCACAAUCGCAGCCUCCGAUCCCUCUGAAGCACAAGUCAUGUCCGCUCAGAUGUUCCUCGACACAAUGUUCAGCGACCCCGCUGCACCCUCCAGAGCAAGUUCACGGGCACCAACACCAAUGGCGGUACGAAUACCCCCCUCUACUCCCUCCCACCCCAGCGUGCGGGGACUCUACCCAUCGCUCAACGCAGGAAGUCCUCUAAGUACUCGCAAUGUAGAAGAUAGUGUUCUAGGAACAGCAGCAUUGCCGACAGUGUCGCGUUCUCCCUUUAGCAACAUCCCAUCUUACAUGCAGUCAACUUUUGCUCAGGCAAGAAAAUAUAUUUUUACUAAGUCUCCAUUAAAGGGCGAAUCCUAUCCACCUCCUACCCCACGACGACAUCUCCUACAGCGACCGUCGGUUCUGCCACAGUUGCCUAACAUCAGUAACGUCACCGUAAAUGCUGAUCAACAUGCCGAAUACGCGAUCCUCAUCUCAAUGUACGAGGUAUACAACGACCGAAUCUUUGAUCUGCUUACACCAGCACUACCGGGGAAAUCAACAAAGGAGUUUCGACGCCGGCCAUUGCUGUUCAAACCCACAGAGCAAUCGCCUGAUCGGAAAGUCGUAGCCGGUCUACGCAAGAUCAUCUGCGGGACAAUGAGAGAAGCGCUAAUGGUAUUGGAAGCAGGACUGCACGAGCGCCGCGUAGCUGGAACCGGUUCCAACAGCGUGUCUUCUCGCUCCCAUGGUUUCUUCUGUGUUGAGGUAAAGAAGCGCCGGCGUAGUCGCGCUCCUGGUGCGUGGGAUGGGAGUGCGCUAACGAUUGUGGAUUUGGCGGGAAGUGAGAGGGCGAGAGAUGCAAAGACGCAAGGUGCUACGCUGCAGGAGGCGGGGAAGAUUAACGAGAGCUUGAUGUAUCUUGGGCAAUGCUUGCAAAUGCAGUCUGAUAUUGGAUCCUCUACAAAGCCAAACCUCGUUCCUUUCCGCCAAUGUAAACUCACUGAACUCCUCUUCUCAAAUUCAUUUCCCUCAGCCUCUACACCCUCUCACCAUCACUCUUCACACAACCGCAAUCCCCAAAAGGCAAUAAUGAUAGUAACCGCCGACCCACUUGGCGAUUUCAACGCCACCUCCCAAAUUCUGCGGUACUCUGCCCUGGCGCGAGAAAUCACGGUUCCCCGCAUCCCUUCCGUUACAUCCACCAUCCUCGCUCAAUCUACCGCAUCUCAUUACUUCGCCCCACGCACUGGACGUUCAAGUCCAUCAGAAACAGAGCGCGAGACAAUGGAGAUCGCUGCACUUGAGAUUGCCAGAUUGAGUGAGGAAAUCGAUGGUUUGAGAGAUGCGUUGAGAGAUGAGCAGGAACGCCGUGUUGAAUCAGACGCACAUCUUGAAUCUAUGACUGACAGAAUAAUGGAAGUCGAGAUGGCGGUACGAGAAGAAGUAUUCACGGAAAUGGAAGCCAAGAUGCAGGAAGAGAUGAGGCGAUGGAAAGCGAGUUUCGCUGCUGAAGCGGAUCGGAAUGAUGAGCAUUUGGACAGGAAACUCGAGAUCCUCACCAAAACCAUGGAUCUUGGAGCCGAUGAAGAAGAUAAAGAGAAUGCCAAUUCUGGGCCUGGUGAAGAUCUUGAGUUGGAGAAUGACCAACUCAGGAGAGAAGUGGCUCAAUUGAGACGGGAACUCGGAUCCCGCAGUCCCAGCAAAAAUCAACGCAUGCCUCUCAGGGAAAGCAGAUCCAACCGCACUCUAAACGAUAUCGGACGCAGCAUGGAGAACUUGAGAAUCUCAAAUGCGCCGACGCCUCAGCAGGAGAAAGCGAGGGGUGGAGUUAGUGGGAGUGGCAGUCCGUUGAAGAAAGUCAGGAAGUUUACCGGUAGGAAAUGGGAUAUGGCGGCUGGGGAUGAGGGGGAUAUGCUUUGA